AUGGUGAGGAGACGGGCCUGUGAUGGAUGCUCCCUCCGGAAAACAAGGUGCAGCGGUGGACGGCCCUGUCAAAACUGUGCCAGGGCUGGGUUCGAGUGCACCUAUGUGAAGAUUGUCUCGAAGCCGGGACCGAAAGGCCCUCGUCCCGAGACCUACGUCCGGAUCAAUAAGCGCCUGCGGGACCUGAGAGACCGAGCUGCCUCCGGGGACCCAUCAUCCCUUGCAAAUGGUAAUAAUAAUGCAAGGUCGUCAUCAGAGUUAGCGGAUACGACGCAUUCAUCGUCUUCAGCUUCGACUUCAACAGCCUCCCCACCGUUGCUGGUGGGUGGCGAGUUAUCCCUGGCGGCGGAAUGGGAGUCGCACUUCUCCCUGGCGGACGUCCUCUCUCACCUGGAGAUUUACAAGCAGAGGAUGUACCCCGUCUGGCCGGUUAUCGAUGCACCCCGUCUCGGCAGCAGACUGAUGCAGGAUACGAAUAACUGUGAAAUCUGCGCGUUGGCGUUUGCCGUAUGCGCGGCCACCUCCACUCAAUUACAACUCCACCCAGAGAGUCACCAACCAACUGAUGGCAUCGGCCCAUCCCAAACACGAGACGAAAGGUCCAUGGCUGACCGAUUCGCCGUCGAAUCAGAGCGCUACCGUGCGAUGUAUGACUAUCGCGAAAGUAACACUCUGGAAGCGGUUCUCGUGCCGUUGUUUUUACAUUUCCAUUACUCGUCAAAGCGGAAGGUUAGAACAAGUUCCCUCUUGCUCCGGGAGGCCGUGUCGUUGUGCCAGCUCCUGGGGCUCGACAGGGAAGACACAUACCAGUACAUAGAUCCAGAGCAGGAAAGAUACAGGCGCAGGACCUUUUGGCUUCUCUAUCUAACUGAGAGAGGGCACGGCAUUCAGCAUGAUAUAAACACUUGCUUAACAAACUCCAUCAGACUACCGGAGCGUGACCACUUGGACGAACUCCAGCUCGUGGAAGCCUUCGAUACUCUGGUCGGUCUCUUCAUUUCGGUCGAGGGUGUUCUUCUUGUGCGCAAUGGACCGGCUACGCCGAAGGACGGAGUGUGUAGCAAAGAAGUUCUCUCGCGGCUACAGAACCAACUCCGCCAGCAGCUUCAAUGGUCGGCGGCAUAUAAUGCAUUGCAGAGAACGGAUAUUGCAAUUACUCAACAAUGGCUACGGGUGCUACUUUGGCAACUUUCUUUGAAGAAUAUCUACCUCUCUAGUGGUUCGGCUGAUGAUAGCAUGUGCCUCACGUACCCAGUCCAUGUGGCGAGAGACGCUAUGCAGUUCGUUUCAACCAUGCCCUUGGAUGCAUUUAUGGCGCAUGGCACUGGAAUGGAAAUCAAACUAUUUGAGAUCGCAAGUACUUUACUGGAUGUCAUCUGCUGCGUUCCGUCGACUUCGCACAAUAGCACCCCCGAAACGCGAGACAUGCUCCACCGUCUAUGUUGCUUGCUGUCGUCACUGAGCCACAGGCCCUAUGGUUUGGAAGUAUUGCAGAAGAAAUUAGACGAGUCGGGUAUUCCUCAUCGAUUCUAUGCUCCUCUUCCCCCGGCUGUCGAUGAUCCGACGAGAGCAGGCUACCAGGUCGUUGAAACCUUCGACGAUAAUGAUGAUGAUAAUGACGAGAAUGCAGCAGCAUGA